AUGGUCGCGGAAUAUUCCUCAAGGUACGGAUUUGCCAAGCCUUCAAGAAUUCAGCAGCUGGUCCCUUUUGAAGAUAUUAUCCCGAGUAUCCCUCGUGAAUUCGCUUAUCUGUGGAUCGUGGUCGAUAUUGUUAGAGUUAAUCGGGCUACAAAGCUGAAAAAUUUAACUUUCAUAAUGGGCGGAAGAGAAGCGCAGAGUAGGAGGAUCUUAUUGGUCGAUGAUAACCCAGUCAAUGUCCAGGUGGGAACACGUCUUCUCAGUCUGCUCGGAUACGAAGUCGAUUCUACUACCAAUGGCUCCGAGGCAGUUACCAAGGCCUGUGGCAUAACGUUCGAUCUGAUAUUAAUGGAUUGUCAGAUGCCGGGCUUGGAUGGCCUAUCGGCGACCCAAAAGAUCCGCGAAUAUGAGGCCCACUUCCCGAGUCGAGAGCGCAACCAGCCAGUCCCAAUCAUCGCACUGACCACCAACGUGAGCGAAUCAAAUCAAGCAGAUUGCAGGCGCAGUGGGAUGGAUGGCUUCUUGUCCAAGCCUUUGGAGAUCACUCGACUGCAAGCAACCCUUCUCACCUUCCUCGGUUGA